GUAAAAGUUUGAAAUUUUUCCGGCUCAAAAAUAAGUGAAAAAGUAAAGAGAAGAACCUGCAUUGAAUCAAAUAAAAAGAGAAGGAAAGGAAGAAUUGUGUCAGUCAGUUAUCAUCGAAAAUAAUCGAUUGUUUAUCACUAUAAUUAUCGUAUGAUACAAGAACGAGGUAGAUCAAAAAAUAGCAAUAAAGGAAUUCCUUAAAGUCUUGUUCAUAAAACAAGGAGGACCAUUAAUUGAGCUCCAUGCCAGUUUUUAUAAAAACCAGCCAUUGUGUUGAUGAUUAAUGAAUUCUUGCCUUGCGCAGAAUUGAAACACAACAACAUCGUGGGGAAAAUGUAUGAAAAAAGGCUUGGAGAUAUUUUUGCUGGUUUUUACAGAGCUUCAGUCGGCAUUGAUACAGAAGAAGCAAAACAACAGAAGAGACGCAAGACAAGGGCAGUAAAAUGCAAUUAACAAAUUACUUUGCUAAUGACACAUUUUUCUUUUAAGAAAUGAAUCCGAAAUCGAUUUUGCGAUCAAAAUUUCUCUUUUAAAUCAGCUCUCAAUCUUGCGCUUGAAACAUUUUUUUGGCAUUUUUUUAAAGCGUGUACUGCUUAUGAUCGUUUUUAUGUGCUGACCCCUGGCCUCUUCGGUCGAAAAUUAAGUGCCUCGAUAUAUUACCAGAUCGUUGAG